AUGGGCACCCUCACCGCCGACUGUCCUCGCCUUGCGGAACACUGCCCUCACAAGCUUCCUUCCUCGUGUAGGCUGACUUCGACGCCUAAAUGUUGUGCGUGUGCGGACGAGAGGCCGCAUUCCCUCACGUAUCGCGUGUAUAUAGACGGAGUGGGUUUCGUACAGCGAGGCACAAGGUGGCAAAGCUACUGUUGGUUCUGCAAAACGUUUUGGGAUACCAGAGUGGCUGCUGCAGGGCUAUCGCCAUCAGAUACAAAAAUACCGGAAGAUCCAGAUCAGACGGAAUUUGUCGAAAGGUGGUUCGAGUUCCACCAAGGCUAUCGUAUUGUGGUGACGGAGGACGGCAGAGAAGAGAGAAUUCCGCUGCAAGGCGAACCUUUGAAAGAUGCGGAUCCGGGCUGUUUGCCAAGGACAAUGGAGGAGUUGCAAUCGGGAAGAAGAAACAUCUUGCAAAGCGACAUUAGGCGGAGAGAACAAGUCGCUACUAUAGCAGAUUCAACACCACACGUGACGUUAGAGAAUGCCCUGGAUCAACUGAUCGAAGAAGCCAACGAGGACGAAGAAGAAGCUUCGCUACCAUCAGGCAGCCCGAUUGCGUCUCAAUCAGUAGGCUCUCGGUCCCAUACAAAUGAAACUAGCAGCGGCCACGCUUCUCGAACUGCUCAACAGGGACGAUCGCGGCUAGAUGAAGCGUAUGCAGAAGCUGAGGCUGCUGUUGAAGCUGCACAAAGAGUCCGUGAUCGUGCACAUGCAAGGCUCAACAAUGCCGAUGCGGAAUUGGCUGCCGUUAGAGAGCGAUUGCGCCGCAUCAGGCGUCAACAGAUCACUGCCGGCAACUUUGCCCGGGUGUUUGGUACACGAGAAGACGUGCAGAGCGACGACUACGUAUCACCAAUCACAAGCAUGUUCAUUCGCCAAGCGCAAUGGGGUCGGCAGAUGGCGGAGAGACAACGUGCACUCAGAGAACAACAAGACGCACCGCGCAGCUUCGAAGAUUCACAGCGACAACAACAGCGUGAUGAUACUGCUGCACCUCCUAACGACCCGCAGCCAUCUCAGACUACGGUUUCUGAUGUUCAGGAGACUCCAAGGCGCGGUCAAUACAUUGGCGACUCACAUACCUUCGUGCAGUCCUCGCAAUCAGCUGCGCUAUCGAAUACGAAUCAACAAGCUAAUCUUACGCAACCCACUCGAGAAAACGCCUCUGAUGCAGCAUGGGAUGACUACCUAAGCCGCUUCGCUGAUUACAUGUCUCCUGAGGAACUUGUAGAACUUCGCAUCCAGCUCUCAACCACUUUCUCUUCGCCUGCGGAUGCGAUUCGCAUUGCAAGCUUUAGACCACCAGCUCUCCAGCCGGAAGCCCCGAUCUUUGUCGGCUUAGAUGGGGACGGAAGACCAGAGCCCAAAACUGAAGAUUCGAUGCGUUUCAAGUUGGAAUGCAAGAUCUGUCUUCAGCAAGUUGCUGAUACAGCGUGUCUACCGUGCGGGCAUUUAAGCAUGUGUGAAUGGUGUGCUGACCAGUGGGUGCCGACGAAGGAGCAUGACAAGACGAGGCCACGGGACAAAGGAGUCAGAUGCCCGUGCUGCAGAGCGAAAGUCAAGAGCCGAGUUAAGAUCUAUGUUGGAUGA